CGCACCGGCGAUGUCAGUAAGCCUGGCUGGUGAUGGAGGGAGCGCUGUUGAAAUGGACCAACUAUCUUUCAGGUUGGCAACCGCGGUACUUUGUGCUAGAGAACGGCAUCCUUUCGUAUUACGACUCGCAGGAUGAUGUGGGCAAGGGAAGCAAAGGCAGCAUCAAGAUGGCUGUCUGUGAGAUCAAAGUGCACACUACUGACCCCACUCGUAUGGAACUGGUCAUCCCGGGUGAACAAUACUUCUACCUGAAGGCAGGAGGGGCUGCCGAAAGACAGAAAUGGCUGGUGGCUCUGGGCAGCUCCAAAGCCUGCCUCGGCGACAGCAGGAGCCAGAAAGAGAAAGAUCUGGACCUCAGCCAUGAGUCCUUGGGAAGGAAGCUGUCUGAACUACGGCUAUACUGUGAUGUGCUGACGCAGCAGGUCCUGGCAGUGCAGGAGGCGACGCACCCCCAGGACAACGGCUCCCCGCUCGACAUUGAGAAGAUGAACGAAGCAUCGUCCCUGUUGCGGGCCACCUGCAGCCAGUUCAUCUGCACGCUAGAAGAAUGCAUGAAAUUUGCCAAUACCCGCCUGGCUCCUGAACUCUACCCUCCUUCGGUCCCCCAGCCGUCUGAUUUUGUGGGCACCAAACUCCCGCAUUCCCAUCGGGUUAGGCGUUCUUUGAGCCACACAGGCGUCGUCUCCUCAGACAGAGCUCUGGAGGCAGCUCGGAUCCCUCCCAAGGGCACCGUGACGGUUCUGCGCAACCUGGAGGAGAUGGUGAUGCUCCGCUCGCAGCAGUGGGGGCAGCAGAAUUGCCAAUCGGAAAGCCCCACCAGCACCAUCGUUGAAGAAGCAACAGAGCGACGGACACGGCUACCCGCUGCGAAUUACCGUCUAAACAAGGGCGCUUCGCCUUUAAGAGGCUGGUCCUCGGCUCUGCCCGAGGCCGCUCCAAGUCCCCCCUGGCUCAGGGCGUGUCUGUCCCCGGAGUGA